CAAUCACGUCCGAGAAGGGCAGCUUUUGAAAACGUUGGCGGCCGGGGAAGUUCAAAAUAUUAACAUUGGGCUUUCUCUACUGAAAACCUUAUACUACAACUCUUCACUACGAUGCAGAAUAAGGAGAAUUAUGAGCCCAGGGGUUUCCAGCGACCGUUUGCGACCCCAAGCAUGAUGGCAGGCCCACAGCGUGUUCAGGUGAAGCCACGAACAGAGAUGGACAAAAAUGCAGUCACAGGCCCUGGGAGGGAGUGUCUUGGUGCAUCCUCCAGUACAGCCUCAAAGAAAGUCUCCAUCGAUGACUUUGACAUCGGUCGGCCACUUGGGAAGGGCAAAUUCGGUAAUGUCUACCUUGCUAGGGUGAAGAAGCUGCAGUCGAUUGUGGCGCUGAAGGUGUUGUUCAAGUCCCAGAUGGAGAAGGAGGGUGUAGAGCAUCAACUCAGGAGGGAGAUUGAGAUUCAGGCACAUCUCAAACACCCCAACAUUUUGCGCUUCUACAAUUAUUUCCAUGACCGAAAGAGGGUCUUCUUGGUGCUCGAGUACGCCCCGCGCGGUGAAAUGUACAAGGAGCUGCAGAGAUGUGGAAGAUUUGACGACCAGCGUACUGCCACAUACAUGGAGGAGAUAUCUGAUGCACUGAUGUAUUGCCAUGAGAAGAAAGUGAUUCAUCGGGACAUCAAGCCAGAGAAUCUGCUUCUCGGCUAUCGUGGAGAGCUGAAAAUUGCAGAUUUUGGUUGGUCCGUCCAUGCGCCAUCUCUCAGACGUCGUACAAUGUGCGGGACGCUGGACUACCUCCCUCCAGAGAUGAUUGAGGGCCACACCCACAGUGAGAAGGUGGACCUGUGGUGCAUCGGGGUCCUCUGCUACGAGUGCUUGGUCGGAAACCCACCGUUUGAAACUGCCAGCCAUUCAGAGACAUACAAAAGAAUUAUGAAGGUGGAUUUGAAGUUCCCCAAGAACAUCUCAGAUGGUGCACGGGACCUGAUCACCAAGCUGCUACGCCACAGCCCCAUCGAUCGUCUUUCACUACAGAGUGUCAUUGAUCACCCAUGGGUGCGCACCAACUCCCGCCGAGUCCUACCACCCAUCUGCCCCGCCAAGAAAUCCUGAGCUCCUGCCUGCUUACCUCCCACUGAGGGGUGUUUUAUCUGUCCUUCUCAAGAGACUCUGGGCCAGCAUGUUUUGGUUUCACUGCCAUGGGCUUCAAGCUGCCAUUAUUCUGGCACAUUUUAUGAUGGGUAUGAAUGCGUACCUACUUUUUUAUAUUGUACAGUGUGAUGUCUUUAUCUAUGUCUAGUAUGUUGCCUAGAGGUGUUUUGUGUUUUUAUUCCCAUUUCUUCUCUGACACUUUUUUUAAAUGGACACAGCUCUAUUUUGAAUUUCUUUAUCCAACGGUGUUGACACCAAAGUACUACUGUUAGACUGAUUAAAGCUGACUGUGUUCUCCAAUAGUUUAAGAUGAGGUGUUUGAGGGUUGGGGGUGGAAAGCAUGUUUUAUUUUCCC